AUGGCCAACACUGUUGCCAAGACCACUGCUAAGGUUGAUACCACUACAGCAGGGCCACUACAGGGGUCGUACAGCGCGGCAGCACGCCACCACAAAAAGUACCACCAGUGCGAUUGCUAUGGUCACCCGAUGGGUCUUCCCAACUACAAGGUACUCGCGCAGCCGCGCACCAACAACUACUACUCUGCGACGGGCGGUUGUCCCUGCAUCCCCCGCGCAGCCGCGCACCCCGGCAGUUGGCGCCUCAAGGAAGCACAACUGCGAUCGUCAAAGCACUCACAUGGCGUGGGCUGCAUGAAAACGCGCCCAGGAGCGACGUGUUGCGUGCACGCCGGCGAGACGUACGGCUGGAGGCCCGGCCCACACACUGUCCUCGCGAAGAACACUGCCGCCUCGGGACUCUGCGAUACAUUUGGCAAUAUGGCAUUUAAGAGACCUACUGGCCUGCGAGACAAGGAAAGUGAUGUGAGCAGUGUGUGCCAGCAGAAGCUAGAGGAUUUGGAGGCCCUUAUCCUCGAGGAGCACGAGGCGCGUCGCAAUGUGGAGAUGGACGUGGAUGAACUUAAGAAUAUUCAGCUGCAGGGCACUCAAGACGCAUACAAACAGGACUACGGGAAUGAAAAGAAGCGCCAACUGGCGGCGGCGGCUUCGGAGGCGCAACUCAACGAUCUUUUGCGUGAGGUCCGCGCCAUAGUGAAGCGGCCUCUUAAUCAGACAAAUAUGGACAUCCUACGCAGCGUGGUGGAUCGCCAGGAGCGAUUGAUGCAUCUGCGGAAGCUGAAGGCAAAUGAAGAUUUCCCAAAAAUUAUAGACCCGUGA